GUUUGGGAGAAGGAGAUCUUGAAUGUGUCGAGAAUUUAUUGGAUUAUUGCCUACAAAUAUAUCCAAAUGUAUAGCGCUUUCUUUUUAUUAUUUUUGGGAAGACUGGAACAACUCCGAGGAAAUGUGGAAGAGGCGGUCAUCAAUUUCAAGAAAUGUAUUGAAAUUCAAGACGAAUGGAAACAAUUUCAUAACAUCUGCUAUUGGGAGCUAUUGUGGUGUCAUUCUGUUCGGUGUGAUUGGCAUAACUCCGCUAAAUAUGCGGAUAUAUUGCGCAAACAGUGCAAGUGGUCUCCGGGCACCUACACCUACCAAUACGCCACCUUC